UUGGCUAAAGCGCGCAAAGUAUCGAGACAGCUGGAGGGUGCAUUGCAGGGUGCGAAAGCUGAUUUGGCUGUGUUGGAGGAGACUUCAGCAACAAAGCUCCGAUUAGCAGAGGAGAGUGCUAGAAGUGCAGAAGCAAAAGCAGUAGAGGCACAACGGGAGUUGUCGGCUCUAGGUGGCGCCAAGGACGAGCAAGCUUCAGAGUUGCAGCGCUUGUUGAAGUCGGCGCAAGAAGCAACCACAGCAGCCGAAGAGCGCUGUCGCUCCGAGUCCGAACGUGCUCUCUUAGAGCGAUCAGAAGCCGAGAAGCAACAUCGAGAAGCCAUUGACGCUAUAGGGAAUGAAAAGCUGCGAGCAGAAACGCGAUUGGCGGAUGCUAUGAGGGAAUCAGAGGAAUUCUCUAGGACAGAAACGACAUUGCGACAGCAAUUGGAACAGGAACUAGUCGCGAAAGAGCUCGCUGAAAAAGAACUAGCGUCGGAAAAGCAUAAGGGUGAACAAGCAGCUGCUCGAGCACGUGAGGAUCUGGAACGGGAACGGAAAGAAUUGAUGGGGUUACGACAUACCAAUAAUUCAGAUCUACGUCUUAAAAAGUACACGUGCACGACCAUUGAACGAAAAUGAAAUGAUGCCUUUAGAAGUAAGUACUCCUAACUUUCCACUCCGUCUAAAAAUCGAUCACGCCGACGCAGUCGCCCGUCUCGAGGAGGCACAACGUGUGAAGAACACAAAUGCUGCCAGUACAGAACGCGAGUUGCACACCAAAAAUGCGGAAUUGGAGCAUCUUAUCGCCCGUGCAAAGGAAGCCGAGGCAGCGGCUAUUGCUGAGACUGCAGAACUCCGUAAACAGUCUGAGGAUAUGGCCAGUGACGUGCGUGCCAACCUGGCGCGAUCCCAGAGAGAACAUGCGGCAGAGAUCGACACACUGACGUCAGACCUAGACCAAGCACGGAGGGACUUGGAAAGGCAAAAGAGCACAUACGAUCAAUUGUUGGCUGCGAAGAAUAAGGAAGUGCAAGAGCAGAUCACGCAUAACGGCAUCGUGCAGAGCCAGAAGCAGCAGAUUCAAGUCGAAGUGCGGGACUUGCGUGAAGCAUUGAAUGCUGAGAGGGACGAGCGGGCGCAGGAAGCAAGAAAUCAUCUAGACCGUCUGUCGGCUGAACGCGCUGCCGAGAUGGAGCAGACCACUGAGCGCACGUGGCACGCCCAGCAGCUGGAGCAGCAACUAGCGCAGCAGCGAGAAGCCUCGGAAAGAGUGAAAAACGAACUGAAGGACGAAGCCAGAACCCUCCGUGACAGGCUAGACACUGCCCAAGAAGAAACAAUGGCGAAAGAAGCUUACUUAAGGCUUGUAUAUUAGUUCAUCUUUGUCCUCAGUUUCGUUCCCUUUCCCUUUCCUCAUUGAACUCUGAGACGAGUAUCUGUCAGUAUGAGCCUGACAGAAAUUAGUUACUAAAAAUGUAAGCGCUAACAUAGGUAGUAGAGGUCGAGCGGAAAGUGCAGAGUCUAGAAUUGCAACUGGAAGGACGGGAGGAGCAAGAGGCACGCCGCGUUGUGGCAGAAGCGGAACUAUCAAAAAAUCGCGAAGAACGGCGUGAACUCCUGAUAGAGCUGAGAAACGCAAAACUUUCGCUGGAGUCUUUACAACGGAAUUGCGAUGCACAGAAAUUCAAAACGAAAACGGUAUAAUUUGUGUCUUUUCAACGACUUUGGAUUGUUGCGAUCCGCCACGUAGAAAGUUAAAUCAACGGCAACGGGAAAGGAGGCAUAUAGUACAGGAACACUUGAUGUACUAGCUGAUCGUAAGAGUCCAAUCAGAUGACUUCAGCACAUCCACAUGAUAUCUUUCACUGCUCCAAUUAGAUAGAGUCUUUUCAGGCAGAGGAUUCCAAGAGCGAGUUGGCGCAGCAGGUGGCGGCACUUCGGAAGUCUCUGGCCAGUGCUGACGCGGAGAAGAACAAUUUAGUGCAGACAGUAGCACAAUUGCGCAAAGCCGAUGAGGCUUUGAGAGAGGUUCUGCGGACAGAAAGAGGCCGCCACGACGAAGACGCACAGUAUUUGCAACGCAAAUUGGAUGACCAGAAGAGGCAGAUUGAAGAACUUCUACAAUUAAGGGUUGCAAAUUGACCUUUUACUAUCUAAGAAAGUAGAGCAUGUCUAGGACCUUCUCAAGCGCCGGGAAAAGGAUACCGAUAGAUGUGCGAGCUGCAUGGGUCAACUUGCAACCCCUAAUACAACAACGCAGCGCGACUACACCAUCUUCACAGCUGCAGCUUCACCAAGUAGAGCAGGGAACAUUAGAUAAUCAGGAGAUGGUCCGAGCAGAACUCGAGGCCACAAAAGCCGUGGUUGCUGAUCAAGCUUCCACGAUAAGCAAGUUAAAGUACGACUACACUUUGUUGGCGAAGCAACUUGGAGACGAGCGGAAGCAGAAUCGGCAAGCCAUGCUCGUUCAAGGCAUGGACAAGACAAUCGCGGAGCUACGGAGUCAAGGAGAGUCGGAGGCCACGAUCGAAAUGUUCACCAAUAUGCAACUACGCCGCCUCGAAGAGGAAAGUCGGCGACCGCCAUCCUCUUCGCAUCUAUCACCGGUAAUGCUAGAGUAUAACGGGGGUAACUCGCCGUCAAUAUUAGGUGCUCCUGGACAUCCUGGAGCAGGAUCAACAUGGAAUACAAGAAGUACUGGAGGCGUGGCAAUGUCUGCUACAAUAAGUAAUCACUUGAGGAGUGGGAGUGCUAACAAUAACAUACUAUCGUCCUCUGCAACGCCUGGCUCAUCCGUGAUGAGAAUCCAAGAGCCUUCUUCGACAACUACUGCAACACAGUUAUUCGCUGGUAGAAUUCCUACUUCUGCUUCCAGGGCUUGCGUUCCUCCUCCAUCCUUUGGUGGAAGUGGCCUCGCAACAACAGGUGGAGUCCCCUCUUCCGCACUUCCAUCUCAACAUGUUCAACACCAAGUUCUGAGUCCUCGACAGAAUGUAGUUGGCGGGUUGUCGCCGGGUCUACCUCUAGGUGUAUCCAGCACACAACUACCUUCACCCAUGCCUGCUCAACCACCGGUCUCCACACUACAACACAGUGGGCACUACCUGCACCACUACACAAGCUCCACAGCAGCUCCAGGCACCACGGUGGCGAAUCUGACAUCGUCUUCAGGGGAGCCGUUUUCCUCCAGCAGUGGUGGCUCGAAUCCCAAGAAUAGCGCACGCGGACAACAACUACAAUUUCUGGCUAGCACCAGUGGUGGUGAAACUACAGGUCCGGGAGGACCACUUCAAGAACGCAGUCUAGCAUCAGGACCUCCACUUCAACAUCAACAUCUAGUAGGCGGAGGUGGAUCAGGAUCUGGAUACCCACCAGUGCCAGUACUACCAAUAACUUCAGGUGCAGGUCCAUCAACAGGAGUUUCCUAUGUCGGUGAGGCGCCACGAAUACCUGGGACUUCCGCAUCCCUCUCACAAACGAUCGCUGGAUUUGCACCACCAACGCGGGGAUUAGAACCUUCCUCUCAGCCACCAGGUACGUUCUCAUAUGGAAAUUCAGGGGAAACGGGGAGAACGAGAAGUCAUCAGUAGGAUCCGGAUAAACGAGCGUAUAACGUAAAGCCUGGGUUACGUCUGUUUGGAUAGAAAUAGAAGAUGACAAUAACCAAAGUCAAUAGAACUUUUUGUAAGAAAGUCAAAUUCAAUUUCAAUGUCAAUUUCAAAGUCGCCAUAUUUUUCACUUAUCCAAAAUGCCAGAGCAUCAAAUCAAUUGAACAAAGAACACAAAUGACUUCAUACGACGGCAUACCGAUUAUACCGAUGCCUGUUCGCAUUUGAGGCUUUUCGCACGUCGUUAUAUUGUUUCACUACGUAUUAAACGUAUCCUCACGCGAAUGAUGGGAGCGAAAAUGAAUAUUAAAGCACCAGCUUCAUCAUCUUACAAUUUCGAAAUUAAAUCAGUCAAUUAUGACUUGUAAGUAUCUCUAUGUCUAGUCUAGACGUUUCUCAGUUAUUUUUAUUGUACAGAUCCAUUAAUCCUUCUGGCACUUAUCUCCCGCUUAAUGCGUUAUUGUACAGAUCCAUGCAUUUGUAUCUAUAGAAGCAGAAGGGAUGUUGCUGGACAGUAUCAGAAUCAGUGAAGUAGAGGGUCGAUGUAUUUAUCCGAAAUUAAAGAAAAACAAGAACAUAUCUACACCUAUACUUGCUUACUCGUCAAAAUGAUUAAAGUCCGUAAAGGAGACAGACUCAUUUUUAUAGCUAGAGUAGUCCGCUUUUCGAGUUACGGGUUGCUCGAGUUCUCUCGAGUUGCCACGAGUUGCCGAAACUCACAUGCCCAGUCCGGAACGAGUUGCUAGCGAGUUCCGCUCGGCAGCUUGCCACAUUGAAAGCGCAGCACUCCGCGGCGGUAUGCUAUGGCGGGCCAAGAUGCCACGGAGUUCAGGAGGAAGCUCGUGGCCGGUUGUUUCUUAGCAGGUCUGCCUUUUGUAUUCAUUGAAGAGACACGCCCCGGCCGAGCUCUUCGGGCUUGGGCUUGGCGAAAGUAAGAAGGCGAAGCUCGGGGCCUUUUUUGUUUGAGUGGCGCGCGCGCAAGCCUUGCGAAGUGCAGCUACUUCCUCGCGGUGUCGGUGUCUCUGCAUAGUCGUGCGCCGAUGUCGGUCGCGAUCUGGUUCUGUUUUUUUGCUGGUGAGUGGCCAGCCUGUUCGACUUCUUGGGGCCCCUGUUUGCGCUGUAGUGGGCUUACUGAGUAGCGUGCCGCCUAGUGGGUAGCGUCACAAGCAAGGCCGCCGUGAGUAGUGUAGACGCAUCGGGAUCGGAAUGGAUUGGGUUUAUUUGUGUGUUUGUUUUAUAGGGCAGCAACUAUACCAGGCAGGCGCGCUAACUUCUUAGUAGCGCAAAACUACGAGAGCAGGGCCCCUGGCUAGGUAGGUGGCGCCGCUCCUGUCUGCCCCGCGCAUGCAGCGCCUCGCAGAGAAGAGAGGGCGCUACUGAAGGCGUUCGCUUGUGAAGGUGGUUGGCGCUCCUGGGCAACGUGUUUGACGCUUCGAAGAUAGUGCGCCCGAAGGGCGCGGCGAAAAUUUUUUUGGUAUGGAACUCGUUCAACUCGAGCAACUCGACCCGAUAACGGGCGGAAAAGUCUAAUUCUAUUAUACUUCCAACUGAAUGAGAAGGAACGAAACGACAGUUCGAUCAUGUUGCGCAGGAGCUGCAGCUGAAGGGAUAUUUUUUGUUUCAUCAGCACUCCGAUAUAGCCACACACAACUGAACUUGUUAAGAACUGUUUCUACGCAAACACACUCACACGCGAAAAAACAUGAAAGACUGUAUCGUCGUGAAAGAACUUGUGAACAAGGUGGCACAUCUAACCUUCCUGGACACAGAAGUGCUUAUAUCCGAUGCUAAUCAAAGAAAUCUAUCUCGACUGCUCUCUGUCUCAAAAAGUGUGCGCAAUCAAAC